GCAUUUUCUUUCUACUUGUUGCUCAAGAUUCAAAGUUCCUGGAAGGGAGAGGGGCUGGGAUACGUCAAACUUGAAAACAGUUACUGCGAUCUGAAAGUGGGGGCCCCUUCCUGCUCAUGUGAGCUGGAAGGGCAAAAGAGAAUGAUACAUGUGCUGUUUCCUUUUCCAGUUGUGAAGGGGUCAGGAAUUCAGCAAGGAGUGUCUGAACAAGUGUUGCAUUCUCCUGGGUCCUUGGUCUCUUCCCUGCCUUUCUGGCCGCUCUGUUUAAUCCAGCCGGCGAUUCUGAACAGGGGGAAAAAUCUGUCAGCACAAAUAAGGCAUUUCUGAAGGCGUAAAUUAUGAGUGAACAAAACAAUGUGACACCACCGCCAUCUGGAGAUCUCGGGGGCUCUUCAGCGGCAGUAGAUGUGGCAGUCAUUGGAGGUGUCAUUGCAGCAGUGGCUAUUGUCCUAAUCUGCCUGUUGAUCGUGAUGCUCCGAUACAUGUACAGGCACAAGGGCACCUACCACACGAAUGAAGCAAAGGGAACUGAAUUUGCCGAAAGCGCAGACGCUGCGCUGAAAAAUGAUCCGGCUCUCCAGGAGGCUGUGGAUGAGAGCAAAAAGGAAUAUUUCAUCUAGAGCAAAGGGAAGCCACACUGAGACUGCCUUAGUGGUUCUUUCCCCAAGGGAAUCGGCCGGAAGUGCUACAUCAACAAAAGCACUAAGAUAUGGAUAUGGCAAGGAUAGAACCAAGCAUCCUAACUGAAAUGAUACUCCCCCCCAAACACACUCCUCAUGAAGAACAGAAUGCCAAAUACCUGACUGUUGAUUUUAUUAGCCACACAGCUGGUCACAGUUGAAUUCAAUAUCAGAUCAGAAGAAAUAAAAUCUCAGUCUGAAUGAUAAACCGAUACCAGCUAAUGAUAUCAAAUGUCAAACCUCGACAUUUGGUCAAAAUUGCAGAUGCCAAUGGAAAACAUCCUCUUAGCAUUAAUGAUGCCUCCUACGUCAAUGUUAUGCAGAACUAUCUGAAAAUGCAUUUUCAGUGGUAAUAGAACAAGUGUUAAACCCGAUAAAAGCUGGGGUUAGUGGAACAAAAAUUGGUCUAUAGUCCAGAAUCCACCUCCCCUUAAAUGUGCACUUUGCCAGGUGUGAUUUUUUCCUCCCCAGCCCUCUUCCUUCUCCCCCUACCCGCCAACUUUGUUUUUAAGUCAAGGACAUGACACACACAACCCCUAUAGGAAAAAUAUGGAACACUUAAGAGUGAAGGAUUUUUAGCUGGCUCUGCAUGGUGACUUGAGGAUUGCAGAGUGUUAGAAUUUACAGUAUAUAGUAGGUAUUGACCACUAGACUUAAGAAAAUGAUCCCAAAUAGCUAUUUGGCUCCUUUCAUGCAUACGUAAGUAGGUCAAUAGUUAUUGGCUAGUGCCGGCCACCUGAAACAAAUGCUCUCCACUAGAUUUGGAAUGAGAACUCUGGCCCUGGUGUUUAUUUAUUUAUUUCAUAUUGGAGAAUUCUUUCAAAAGCCUGCUGACAUUUGGGGGAAUUGAGUCAGAACACAGACAUAAAUAACAGUUAGAAAUGUAACUGUAAUGCUACCCUGGAGCAGUCUGUCCAUUUGAAUCCCAUUCUGUUGUAUUGAUUUCUCUCUCUUUUGUGCCCCUCCCAGCUUUUAGACAUAUCUUGCUUUUCAUGCAGCCUCAGAUACAAAAAAUUCCAUUGAGCAUCAGCUUUUUAAAAAAAAAUGGACGUGAUCUGUAAAAUGAAAGAUCUUGUUCAUCAUGUAAGAAUUCACUGUGAUGAAUUUCUUCACUACAGCAAGCUCUCUGUCUCACAGAAACCAACAGGUAGUCCUGGAAAUAGGAUUACUUGCCCUCUGCACCUGUUUAUCACCAGCUAGGUUUAUGUCCUUAAUUAUCCCAAAUGAGUGUGAGGAGGAGGGAAUAAUUAGUAACAAAUGUGCCUUCGAUCAACUACCCUGUUUUAAAUCAAUAGUUUUCUAUGUUUUCCUGUUUAAAAAAUAUGACAGAGAAACAUCUACAAUUGUGCUUUCACAGCUUGGUGGCUUCAUCUUCUCCAAAGAUCUUCAUUUUAUGACACUGAAGCCAGACUGGCUCCUAGAGACCAGCUUAAUUUACCAGCGUUGGCCAUACAACUACUAGGGGAGACCAGAUCUCCAGGAAAAAAUACUUGAGGAAUCAAGUAGAUUUGGUGAAGGAAGGGGACAGUUUUGUCUCUUUAAUUAUAUCCUCAAGGUUGCUCAGUACCUACAGGAGCAGGACUUUGCAGUAAGAGUCCUAAAGAUUGAAUGUUGGCUAAUGUUGAAUCUUUGUGCUGUAUGCUUUUAACCAAAGAAAAUCAAAACCAUGCCAACUUACUAAAAGCUUCGGACCAAAUUCCACAGACCAUUGUACAAUGAAAUCAUAUACAUCAGCCCACAUGAUACUAAAAUCCUAUAGUCCACCACUAACACAAUUCAAAUGUUAUGGGGUCAUGUACUUGAUUUUUUUAUUAACGUUACCACUUUAAUCCUUUCACUGCUGCUUUUGAAAUAAGAAUAAACUUGUGUGAUUAUUUUGGGUGGAAGAAACUGAUUAACCUUAGCAGUGGGAGUGGAUCCCCAGAAAAGGAGCUGGGGGAAGGGGGAGGAAAGGGACAUCUUCUUCUUGAAGGUGCAGAAUUCACGUAUCUACUAAGAAGUUAAAUUCUUUAUCGACCUAAAAAAAUACAUAAGCUUACUCCCCAGAUAGGCCCAGGAACCCAGUCUGGAAACCAUGUAUACAUUCCCUAUGGAUGUGAGGAUGGGUGAAACAUACACCCCAGGUCAUACAUGAGACCAGAGACACCCCCUCGCCCCACCCAAAAAAAAAAACCUUCCAGGAGGCCUAGUGGGCCAGGCUCUAUUAAACCUUUUCCUUAAAGCAAACUUCCUGAGUCAACGUUAUAUCCCCUUAUUUGUACCUUGCAUCUAUCCAGCCCCACACCAGCCAGCUGUGGCUGCUAAGAACUUAUGCAAUAAAGGUUUGUUUGAAGUCUUUCUAGUGGCUGACUGAAACUGUAGUAAAUUCUCAUCUGAGCAGCCGUCUUCUGGAUGGACACACAGCAGAAAUGAGGUGGUGGUGGGAGAUCCACUGAAGUUGCAAGGAACAAGUCAUUUUUCAAGGCUAGGGAUUGUUACUAAGCUACAAAGGAACCACGGGAUACCUGAACAGCUGCACAAGAUACACCAGAGUGCGUUUUUAUUUAUUAAUAGGGUGGAUGGACUAAGACAACCAAGCCUGAGUGUCAUCUCCAGUUGUGGGACUGAUGGCCAUCAGGUAGCUGUUAGUCAUAAAGGAGUGGUAUAAGUUGGCUUCAAUGGAGUUAUGCUGAUUUACAUCAAUUGAGACUCUGGCCCAGUAUGUGACUAUUUAGGCCUCAAAUCUUUGGCUAUGGUCCUCCUUAGUAGGUUACUUCAUUUCUGUAUGCAAUUUUCCCCACAUUCACGCAGCCAGCUGAACAAUCCAAGUAUACAAUAACUACAUCGUCUACCCAUCACCAAUGAGCCUUUUAGAAUAUUUUAGAACAGUAAUUUUGGCGCUAGUCAUGGUUUUCAGUUGUUUUUUCAGUGUUCUUUCAAGUUCAGAGAUUUUGACUCACGCACCCAGAACAGAGAGCAGAGCAGGGAUGUGAGGGGUGUUUUUGUUUGACUUUUUAGGAAUCAAAGGUUGCUUUGUGAAGAAAGAGCAACAUUUAACAGUAUCAUGAGACUGGCAGAGGUCUAAGGGCCCAAUCGCUCAUCCUCUGCCCACACAAUAGUCCCACUGUCUUCAAUCAGUCUGGCCUUAAAUCAGUGCAUUACAAAAUUCUCAUAACUUUUAGGGCUAAUUUGCAAAACUUCCUUCUCUGUGUGCCACAUGCUGUGCUAAACAGAACACAGUUUGCAAUACAGAGGUGCCUUGGUGGGUGGCUGUAACUUUGGAUCAAAAAGAGCUAAUAGAUUUUUUAAAAUAGCACUAAAAGUUUUCAGUUAGUUACUUAUUCCCAUUAUUUUGUAGCCACCAACUCAGGAACCAGGACACAUUUUGUUUGAGCAAAUGCCAACUAUACAUUUGGUAUGGAGCUGGCUGGGAAUUUUUUGACAAAAUGGCUUUCUGUCUUAAAAUGCCGUUUUGUCAAAACAAACUUGUUGUGAGAAAGGAUUGGUUUUAACAAAAAACUUUUGUUAGGAAGUUUUCUGGGGUCUAGGAUGGAAUUUCUAGUCCAAAGCAGAGACACUCCAGAGUACUCUGCUGCUUGAAUUCUCCUGAGUGAUUUGGAGUAAGGACUUGAACUCAGAAUGCAGUGCUGAACCUGAGUCUCACACACCUGAGCUGAACUGAGCAACUAAACCACCAGGCUAUUCUGGGGCAGGGGAAUCUAGUUCUCUUUCUUCUGGGUUCCCCCCUACCUCCCCCCAAAAAAAUCAAAACAGUCUUGGUUUCAUCCCAGUGCAAAAUGGGAAUUUUUUAGAAAUCUCAAAAUUUUCCACAGGAUAGGAAAACCAUUUCACACCCAGCUCUAGUUUGAUGCAGAUGCUCCUGAUGUAGUGCUCUCUAAUAAUUGACAGUCUUUGGUCCAGCAGGGACCACUUUGUACAUAACGCCUCUGUUCCAAAGCACCAGUUGGUCUUCAAAAUUCAUUUUCGGUGCCUUUGAAACUUUGUAUUGAAUCCUCAAAUAUUUGCUAUUUUUCAAACUGAUUCUGCUGUGGAUGCAUUAAGGCUUUUUUUAAAAAAAUGAGAUAAUAGCUAGUGUUAAGAAAUAAGGCUGAUAACUUGAUUAGAAAAAGCUUGUCUGGAAAGAUUCCUGUUGAUGUAAGUGGGCUUUAGAUUGGGCCCUGGAGAUAUAAACAGGUCUCAUUGAAACACGAUGUUGUUUGUGAAGGAAAAUAAACCUAUUAUCAAAAUCCAUCCUCUAGUCUAGAUUAAAUGAGUUACGUGGACAUCUGUUGCUCUGCUGGAUUUACAUGGCACCAACACCUGAUCUUAUACUAGUCACAGUGUUUAGUCUAGGGCUCUGCAAACAUCACAGGUGCUUAGCUUGAGUGGUGUAAUCCCAUUACCAGCAGUAGCAUUACACCAGCACUACUGAGAACAGAAUUUUGCCCAUAAGCAUUCAGUCGAACUAGUGGCCCUGCCUUCCGCUGUUGAUGGGAGUGCUUACCUAAGCACUUUCAGAUGCCAACCACUAUCGGUGCCAACGUGGGGCAAUCUGCCAGCAUUUCAUCACUGAAGCUGUGCCCUACCCUUUCAUUACAUAGUUAACGUUCCCAGCACCUUGGCCCACUCUCAUCAGUGAACGUGAGAAAGUAACAACCGAGAUGAAUGCAUCUCAUUCUCUUUCUAGGCAGUUGGUCAAUUUCUGCCACACCUCCUGCCCCAUGCAAUUCUAUUGACUUCAGGUGCAGUAUAGUCAAUCUGGCCAAAUAGACACACAAGCCCACAGAUGCCUUCUGAGGCAAAAUCAUUUAGAGGAGAAUGCAAAGCAGACUGUCUCCAGCCAGGGAGAAUGCCUGUGAUAUUUUCCUGUCCAGUACCUGGGAGCCGGAAGACUCACAAAAGGUUCCAGAAUCCAGAUGUUAAUAGCCCAGCAGAGCUGCCUCAGGACAGACAAAGGAAGAACUUCAUCUCUACCCUGUUUUGACUCAUGUACCAGCCACUGCUGUGAAAUGAGUGUGAAUGGCACUGUUGUGUCUAUUUAUCCUUACCCAAUCUCCAGUGUCACCAGCCUCCAGUGUAGAAGGGCACCAUUGGGUUAUUGGGCCACCUUUUGGCCAUUUUCUUCAUUGCUUUAUCUAAUUUCAAAUAAACAUGGCAAUUUAUACUUAGGGCCAGACUGAUCUGGCUGGCUGGCCAAGCUGGAUACAGGACACUGGACCAGACAGCUCAGAGACAGUAUGGCAGUUCCUAUGUUCCAGAUGAGUUUAGUGUGGUAAUGUUAUGGGUUCAUUGAUGAAGUUGUUGGAUUCUUGCAUAGUCUUGUAGUUCUAUGGCUUGUGUUAUAUAGGAGGUUAGACUAGAUGAUACCAACCAUCCCUUCUGGCCUCAAAAUCUAUGAAUUUAAAUCCACCAUUAUUCUACCAAUUUCAACAGUUACUUUGGGAUUACACCAGAGUAACUGGAGCAGAAUUUGGUCUGUGGCAUAAGCAAGGCUGGGAAGCCUUUGUAAUGUAGAUUCAGAAACAAUGCUCACUGGAUCUUGCUUGUGCUUCUCCAAGUGAGAUAACCGUGAAUUGCUUGUCAGUCACUUAAUCACAUUUAUCCUAUUAGCUAUAUUUUUUUAUCAUAGUGGAGUGAAAACAGCAAGCUUGCCAAAAGCUAGAGAUCAGUCAUAGCUUAAAUACCACCCUGCCAUUUACAUUAGAAAAAGAAAACCUGCUGCUGCUUAGAUCUUUUCAUCUUUCAUUACAGACCCUGAAUUUGAUUUCUGUGCAAUUUAGCUCUGUUUUAAUGCUAUAUCUGCAAGCGUCUCUGGGAUCAACCCUGCAGUCUGUCAUUCUCGAUUAGGCUGCACAUUUUUAUGGCAACAUACAGAAACAUCUGGCCACAUUUGCUCUCACUCACUCCUGAUUUACACAGCUUGGCACUCCAUUAACUUCAGGGUCUCCAUUGACUUAAUGGAGUUCCUCUGAAUUUACCAGUGAUUAAAAUAGAUUUUUAAAAGGAGUUCUCACUAUACUCACUGUACCAAGCCAGGGAUAGGGCCUAUUGUCUUCUUGCUGGUCCAAGCAUCCAAGAUACCUGUGCAUAUCCCAGACUGCUGAAUGAGAUCAACGAGGAAGCAGAUGAAUGUCCAACUUUAUGCAGCUUUCUUCGUUCAGAAGCCUUGACUUCUGGAGUGCAUGACCAUGGAACAUGUAGGCAAACAUUGCAUAGAUAGUCUUGAAUGGCUGACACAAUUAUUAUAUUUUUUCCCAACACACCUCCCCCUCCUUCAAAAAUACUGUAAAGAAUAAAUAAAUAACUAAGGGUCCAGAUACUCAGUAGAUGUAAAUCAGCAUCUCUCCAAAGACUUCUGUAGACUUGUGUUAAUUUAUACAUGGUGAGGAUCUUGCUCAAUAAUGUAAAAGGUCUUAUAAAACAAACAAUGAUAAAUCACCCCUAUGUCUUUCUUCCGGGCUGGUGCUGGCACCCAUCACCAUAAUAUCUAAGGUUUUGUCUUCACUGCAUUGUUAGCUCAAGCUAUAACUCAAGGUUUUCCCCUUAACCAACUCCUGUCCAUAUACACACACCUCUACCUUGAGUUCAAUGGUGCUUUAAGCCUGAGCUAGCUGGCCCAUCCGGCAGGAUGGAUUGACCAUUGAGUGCUGCCACUGAUGAGAUGGGAAUGCAGCAUCUUGAUUUACAACUACUCAUCAAUUGCCAAUCCAAUAACUCUGUGCCACUAAUCCAAGCCCUCCACCUAUUUUGAGUGCUGUUUCCCAAUGUGGUAACUCUCCCUUGUGCUAGUCUAGCAUAGGUUGAAUAACUUGAGCACAAAGAUGAGUUGAUUGGUGCAGUGAAGACAAGCCCUCUGAGCUGAAAUGGGUAUAUAUGCAGAACCAUAUGUACUAAAAUGCACUCCUAAGCCUAUAUCCCCCUUACAGGAGAGCUCAGGUCACUGAAAAUAGACAUUUCAUUUAUUUACUCACAGGAAAAUCUAGUGAAGUAGGUUCCAGGUUCCCGUUGACUUCAAUAUUAAUUUGCAUGGAUGAAAAAAAUUGGGAAGCUGAGAGCAACGAGUGUGAAUUGACAGGAAGCACAGACAAUUGAUAAGAAAAGCUAAAGGUAUCAAUGAAAAAUCUAUGUUCAGUAGGGUUAAGGACAAUGAAAAAUAAUUCUUUAAUCAUAUUAGGAACAAAUGAAAUCCAAACAAUGCUGUAGGGCGAAUACUAGUUAAGGAUAAUAAAAGUGUCAAUCAUGAUGGAGAAAAGGAAGAAGUAUUAAAUAAAUAUUUCUGUUCCGUAUUUGAAAAGAAGCAGAAUGAUAUAUUCAUGUCUUAUAGUGAUAGUGAAAUAUUUUCUAUUCCAUUAAUAUCUAGAGAGGAUGAUAAUUAGCAACUACUCAAAUUAAAUGGUUUUUAAAUCAGCAGGACCAAGUAACUUGCACCCAAGACAAUUAAAAGCAUUGGCCAAGGAACUCUGGGAACACUCAGAAAACUCAAUAAGACUGGAAAAAGUUAAUGUUAUGCCAAUAUUUAGAAAAGCUAAAGAGAGUGACUUGGUAACUAUAGGCUGGUUAGCCUGGCAUCAAUCAAAAUGCUGAUAUGGGAUGCAAUCAGUAAAGAAUUAAAAGUGUUAGCAUAAUUAAUACCAGUCAAGAUGGUUUGAUGGAAAACAAGUCUUGUCAAGCAAAUACUAUUGUGUUUCAAUAACAUUACAAGUUUGAUUGAUGAAGGUAACUUUGAUGACAUAAUAUACUUUGACUUCUGCAAAGCAUUUGCCGUAGUCCCAUAUGACAUUCUGUUUAAAAAAAAAUAGCACUCUGCGAAAUUAUUGUAGCCCAUAUUAAAUGGAUUAAAAACUGGUUAACUGAUAGAUUACAAAAAAUAAUUGUAAAUGGGGAAUCAUCAUUCUAUGGGGGUGUUUCUAGUGGCAUCCCAGAGGGAUCCGUCCCUGGCCAGAAUUUCACUCUUGUGUUUAUUAUUCUUGGGGAAGUUAAUUAUAGUCCUUAUAUAUCUCAGUAAGAAUACACUAAAUCAAAGGAUAAACCUUUAUAACAAGUCAGCACUCAGGACAUUUGUAUUUUCUUUCAUUGCUCUUUUUUGUUGCAAGAAUAUAUAUAUCUGCUGGCAAGUUGAAGUGGUAUUUACGUAAAUGUUUGCAAUUCAAACCUACUUUAACCUGACAAAGAAGAUCAUAGAAAAAUCUAAGUUCAUUGAUAUAUGCCUCUACUUCAUGGCUCUCUCUGAUACUUAUGUUAAAGUAGACUAUUAUGUUUUUAGUCAACAAAGCUAUUAAUCAAUUGCUGAUAUUAAUGUAUUAUAUUUUGAAUGGGAAAAAGAAAUUUAAAGCGAAGAGUAUACUUAUUAAUUAAAAUUGUCACUUUCUGUA